CAGGGUAGAAAGUUCUGUAAAAGAGCUGUAGAUUUUAGGGGAUUAUGUGAAUCUGGUUUAAAAUCUGUAACCUCGUGACAGUUUUAAAUGCUGUUAAGCUCCUAAUCUUAACUUUUUACCACAGAUUAAUUUUCAAGGGGAAGAUAAAUAUUCAAAGUCCUGGCAUGUUUUUCACUUAAUGAGUUCCUCUAUUAGAUCAGUUUUAAAUGCUUGCAUGCUUAAGAACAAGUGCUAGAACUUGGACAGGGGUAGUGCAGCUCCACUGCAGGUUAUCUGUGCUGAGCAUACAUGUUAAAUGUCCCCCCAGCCACAGAACUGAGAAGUGUCUGAGGAGUUCUGGCCAAUCUGGUCACUUCAGGCACUCAAAGCUGGGUCCUUCUGAAACUCAAGUGCUCCAUUUAACAGCAGUCGUUAACUAAAAUCAUGGCAGCUGCCAGUAGUGAGGUGCACCAGCCUGUAGAUCCUGGAAUCUCAAAGCUGCAAUUUGCUCCCUUCAGUAGUGCCUUGGAUGCAGGAUUCUGGCAUGAGCUAACUCAGAAGAAACUCAAUGAGUACCGACUGGAUGAGACCCCCAAAGUUAUCAAAGGAUACUACUACAAUGGUGAUCCUUUGGGUUUGCCAGCUCGCUUGACACUGGAGUUUAGUGCCUUUGAUAUGAAUGCUUCAACACCAGCACGUUGCUGUCCUGCUUUCGGAACAUUGUAUAAUACCAAUACUUUUGAGACUUUCAAAUCCUGUGAUAAGAAGUUACUUCUGGGAAAAGAAGCAAAUGAGAUAUGGGAAUCAAUAAAAUCGGGAGCUGCUCUGGAAAACCCUAUGCUCUUGAACAGGUUCCUGCUGCUGACAUUCGCAGAUUUAAAAAAGUAUCACUUUUAUUACUGGUUUUGCUACCCUGCUCUCUGCUUCCCUGAUGGAAUCCAUCUAAUUCAGAAACCAGUGUGUCUUGGUAACAGAUUCCCAUUAAAUCAGAUUCAAGCACUUCAGAAAGCCUAUGAUGAACUUUGCCAGAAGGAAGGGGUUACAGCCUUGCCUUAUUUUUUAAUCAAGUAUCAUGACAAUUCGGUUGAGAUAUCUCUACUGAAAAGGUGGGAUGGUUUCUUCCAAGACCAAGGGGGAAAGGUAACAGUUGGAGUUUAUGACCCAUGUAAUUUAUCCCACUAUCCAGGAUGGCCACUGAGAAAUUUCCUGAUCCUGGCAGCCCACAAAUGGGGCAGCCUUCUCCAGUCGGUUGAAGUGCUCUGCUUCAGAGAUAGGACCAUGCAAGGGGUGAGAGACAUAACACACAGCAUUAUCUUUGAAAUAAAACUUCCAGAGAGAGCCCUUGGCCCAGAUUGUCCAAAAGCUGUUGGAUGGGAGAAAAACCAAAAGGGAGGGAUGGGUCCAAGGAUGGUUAACCUCAGUGAAUGCAUGGAUCCAAAAAGGUUAGCAGAAUCAUCAGUGGAUCUGAAUUUGAAAUUGAUGUGCUGGAGGUUGGUGCCUACUCUUGAUUUGGAAAAAAUUGUGUCUGCCAAGUGUCUACUGCUAGGAGCUGGUACGCUAGGUUGUAGUGUUGCAAGGACCUUGAUGGGUUGGGGAGUCAGGAAGAUUACAUUUGUGGACAAUGCAAAGAUCUCCUACUCCAACCCGGUACGACAGCCACUGUAUGAGUUUGAAGAUUGUCUUAGCGGGGGGAAGCCCAAGGCACUUGCAGCAGCAGACAGACUGCAGAAAAUCUUCCCAGGAGUGAUUUCAGAAGGCUACAACAUGAGCAUCCCUAUGCCAGGCCACCCGGUGAAUUUUUCUGAAGUAACAAUGGCACAGGCUCGGAAGGAUGUGGCUAAACUCGAAGAGCUUAUUGAUGCUCAUGAUGUUGUUUUCCUACUAAUGGACACUAGAGAGAGUCGAUGGCUUCCUGCUGUCAUUGCAGCCAGCAAGAGGAAGUUGGUCAUCAAUGCUGCAUUGGGAUUUGACACAUUUGUUGUUAUGAGACAUGGACUAAAGAAACCAAAACAGUCAGAAUCUGGUGAUUCAUGUUUCAACAAUGCCACUGGUUCUUCUGAUCUUUUGGGAUCAUCACUCUUUUCAAAUAUCCCUGGCUAUAAACUGGGUUGCUACUUCUGCAAUGAUGUUGUGGCACCAGGGGAUUCCACCAGGGAUCGGACACUGGACCAGCAGUGCACGGUCAGUCGGCCUGGGUUAGCCAUGGUAGCUGGAGCGCUUGCAGUGGAAUUAAUGGUUUCUGUUUUGCAACAUCCAGAAGGUGGUUAUGCUGUGGCCAGCAGCAGUGAUGAUAGAAUGAAUGAACCGCCUACUUCUCUUGGGCUUGUUCCUCAUCAGAUCCGUGGGUUUUUAUCAAGGUUUGAUAAUGUUCUUCCAGUCAGCCUGGCCUUUGAUAAGUGCACAGCCUGUUCAACCAAAGUCCUUGACCAGUAUGAACGAGAAGGGUUUAAUUUCCUAGCUAAAGUUUUUAAUUCUUCACAUUCCUUCUUAGAAGACUUGACAGGUCUGACUUUAUUACACCAGGAGACACAGGCUGCUGAGAUCUGGGAUAUGAGUGAUGAUGAAACAGUCUGAGAAUCAGCUGAAUAAGGUGGAAGAUGACCUGCUUUGGACUGGAGCCUGCCUUUUAUCUGUAAUUUGACAAGUUAACGAUUGCUUACCCAUUCUGACUGCUACAAAUACAAACAAAUAGAAUCCACAUUUUGACAUUAAUUCCUUCACCUUCAAAGCAGUCUGUUACGGAUCUAAGUCUCCACAGUUUUAUUAUGUAAAUAACUAAAGCAGUGUGGUUAUGUUUAAACCUCAUUGUCUUUUUUUUCCCUUUUUUUUUUUUUUCUUUUUAGCUUCUAAAUACGGCUUACAUAUAAAAUAUGCUGCUUAAGCAAACUUUGGUGUUCUCUUUGUCCCAGGUUUUAUUUUUUGCUUCUCAAUGGACAUGUCCAAGCAGCAUGUCUAAAUGUCUUUUUUCAUCUUUCCCAGAUUUGUGCCCUUUUAGUUGGAAUUUAUUGUUAAGAUUAAGAAUAUUCUGCUAUUGGGAGUUAAACUGCAUCUUUAAGGAGAGGAGGAGUAGGUAAGAACCUACACCUAAUGCCUACAGCACAUUGCUUGCUAUUUCAAAGUACAAAUUUAUAGUACAAUUGAUUGUUCUUGCCUAUGUCAAUGCAGGUGUUAUUCUCUGUAGAGAUCUCAUAAUUUCAUACUAUGGAAACAAUGUGGUUUGACUUAUUUUCACACAGGAAAGACCAUAACGCAUUGGUACCAUGAUCAGGCUCCCCUGAAGUUUAGAGAGAAGGCUCAGUUACAUAGCAAAAAUUGCUUUGGGGGAUGGAUCAUUGAUUCAGUCAAAACUUGUAGAGCAAUGCUUAACUGAAAGAAGAAAUUGGUUCUCAGACUUUGCUGUUCUUGGAUGCUGUCGUUCAGCACUUCACAGGUGUUACAAAAGAGCAAUUCUGCUUUUCUUUUUGGUUGAAUUAGAAAUUUUUCAGUUUCUGCAGCAUCAGGAAUGGCUUCAGGGGUUAUGGCUGAGCACAAACUGUGCUUUGAGAAUCCUGGAGUUGAAAAGAUAACUUGAGAAAAAAGCAUUUGUGAAAUACCCAAAUGCAUUAUGACAAAAUUGAAAGUGAAUCUGGUGGGUUUUGUCUUGGAGUAUGUUUUUGAAGUGUAUUUGAAAUCCCUUUUAUAGCUUUCUAUUGUGGGGAUCAUGGGCUCACUCACUCAGACAAAAUGCAAACUACUCUAUCUGCCAAGCAGUCUUUAUUUCCUGUAUAUAUCAUGAAAAUUAGUUGAUCAGUCCAAUUAUUUUUAGUUCCUUCCUUAACACAAGCUCUGAAUAUUUGGUGGAGAUAGUUUCACAGCUUCUCUCUUAUGCCACAUCAGAAGAAGUUCUGUCAGGUCACAUUGGCCUAAAACCAGGGAUAUCUGCAACUCCCAUGUUCCAGACAAAAAAGGAGAUAUAUUGAAACAUGCUAAGGUUUGCAUCAAGUGUCUAUAAUAGCUAUUAUUUAUAUUUAUUUUAACUAUCAUAUUCAUUAUAUUUAUGUGAUUUCUUAAGAAGCCUUAAGGGAAUGUCUUGUUUAACUAACUUCAUUGUAAUAUAAAAAUAUAUAUUAAUGAAAUAUAUUUUUUUGAAAGAUUAGUAAUCAAAGGAAACUGUUCUUUUGGUGGUCAGGCAGUGAACAAUAAGAUUGAUGACAUGCCAUGGCCAUUUGAAAGCAGUUUGUUAAUGUACAUAAUUAGUUAUGAGCUCAAAUGACUUCCAUUUUGUUAGCCACGCCAUAGUCCAUUGGGAAUCAUGAAUCGGUACUGGGUAGUUCAAAGGGAGUGAUGUGCAUUUUCAUCUCUUGGAGUUGCUGGCCAUGGCGUGUGAAAGUCUCUUUGCAGUCUUUGGUUAUCUAAAACUUAAAAUUGAGACAUCUUUCUGAAAACUGAUAAACAUUAAUGAUUUCUUAAAUAGCUAAAACUGUGCUUGUCAUGUUGAAGUCACACUGUACAUUGAAAGUAUCUAACUGCACAAGGAUACAAGAUUGAAAGGUUCAAAACUCAGGGUUAAUGUAAUGUUUCCUUACCUCUGUAAUUUCAGUAACGCAACUCUCUCAGGCUGAGCUGUUUCCUGUACAUAUGCUUCCCAGAUGUCUCUGAUGUUCAGAAACACUUCAGUUGGACUUGGAAUAACUUCCGUUGUCUAACUAUAAUGUUUUCUUUCCCCUUGCGGACCAGAAUUGUUCUUAUUUUGCUUUUACUCAAUUUCCAGGCAUUUACUGAGUGAGAAAUCGUGAGAAUCCAUUCAAAUGAAUGAAUGCACAUUCAAAUACUAUUAACGGAUAAAAACAUUUAUUUACUGGCUUGUGUGCACUAAUGGCAGGAUUUCGGCACAGUCUGCAGCUCCAGUUAUUGCUGUUUAAUGGAAGAAGCUAAUCUUUAUAUUUCUUCAUGAAAGAGGUAGGACUUAAAUUUGAUUUGUGCUGCCAUGACCUCCUGGGCAUCAGUGAAGAGCCCAAACUCUAACUUCCGUUGUAGAACCCAAAUAAACCAAAUCUGUUGGGAAGAGGGAAAUGAACAGCCUCAGAGGAACCUACUCAUCUUUCUCAACUGUCCAACAGAAGUGUAAUGGCAUUGUAUGGCUGUGUGGGACUGGGAUGUCUCUGGGACUCUGUCUCACAGAAGGCAACUAUAGCACCUACAUGUUUCAUCUGGGGACAUUUAAUAAUAUUAGAAGAUCACAGAUCUCAAUAGAGAGCUGUUGACAUCAUUUUUGUGCUCAAGUGUUAUAGAAACUCAUGGAACGAUAGCCUCUGCUUUGCUUUCACACUUCUACUGACUAGAAUAUUUCUUCAUGUCAUCCCUCCCUUCAGUGUGUCUGCUGGCUGAGGUCCAGAAUUUGUUAUGGAAUAGUACUGCAGUCGAGAGAGUGAGGAACUUGAGAUUUUGUGUGAGAGUUUUCUUCUUUAAAGCCCUCACUUGCUCUCAUCCAUGCUUUCACAGUCUGCUGUGAAGUCCUCUUCCCUAGUGUCAUGGGCUGUCGGUUGGGAUUAAAUUUCACUUAGGGCAUGUGCUUUAUAUUGUGUAAACUGUCUUAGUGGCAUUAAAGCCAGCAGAAUCAUAGCCAGUAGGUGAUUCAGCCCACAUGAGGCUAUUCCAUGGAGCAUGGGGCUAGUUUGAGUCUUAAGCCUUCAGCACUGGGCUUUAUAAGGGAGAAAGGGCACAAAUUUGAAAAUUACACUUAUAUCCAUGAAUUACACUUGGAUAGCCCAAGCAGGUUGGUUGAGAAAAUCAUUGAGGAAUGGCACCAUAGGAUCUAUAUUCCUAGGAAGCUGAUGAUUCCCAAGAUCUAAAGGGAGAUUCUGCUUCAGUAGAAGUCAACAGCACAAUAGUUAUUUUGGCACAUCAAAGGAAACUGUAGUGAUUGCUCCAGCCCUUAUAAUCAUUAAGCUUGAGCCUGGAAAAAUACUUUUCCCUUCUCUGUGUUCUGUAUGACUUUGGUAUCGUGUCCUCAGAGGAGUCCUAUGACAUAAGCUAAAAUUUCAUUUUUGUCAUCUUUGAUAUUCUUAUUCCACUUCCUGUAGAAUGUUCUUUCUAAUUCUGUUUCCUUGUAUAAAAUUUGGUUUCUCACCUUAAAUAUAUGCAAGAGAAGUAUUAGCAAAAUUGAGUAUUUUUUCAUACAUAAGCAUUUUCUUUUAAUUUCUCACCUGUGCUCCCAUAGAAAGCUCUUACUGAAAUGAGUUUUAUGUAUUUCUGAACUUUUCACUAUGCUUGUAGAAUAAUCAUAUCAUAGCACUUGUUUCUCCCUCUUACCGAACAAAUUCCGUGUAAAUGAAUGUUAACUAGUCUAAUUGGAAUUGCUAAUAAAAUCAUAGAAUCAUUUAGUUUGGAAAAGAUCCUUAAGAUUAACCCAGAACUGCCAAGUCCACCUCUAGCUGCUUCAUCAUUGCAUACUCUGGGACAGCGUUGGGCCAUGAAGAGUUCACCCAGCUCCCAACUUUCCUUUGAGUUUUCUUCCUUGUUUUCAAGCCAAGUCAUAAAAACAUUGAGAUUGCUGAGAUGUGUCUGAGAAUAGACUUUGGUAUGUAGGAUUCUCAUUAAUGCCAGUAAUGUGUGAAAAGACCACUAAGCUUCUGAUGCCAGCUUUCGUGCUGUUGAUCAACAGCAACUCUGCCUGUCUUACAGAAUCAUUAAGAGCCAUGACAGAAGCCAUGAGGAUACAUUUAUAUACUUUCUCUUCAGAGUAAAAUCAUAUCUCAGAAGUUCAAGGAGAGUCCUGACUCUCUGUUCUUAUGGGAAUAGGAAGGAUAGCUCACAUUCCUGUAAAAAAAAAUAUGUUGCAAGCUAACACAUAGGCAGCCUUCCCUGUCACUGGGCCAGCCGUGCAGGGCCAGCAGUGCAAAUAGCCAUUCCCUUGCUGCAAACCCCAUGGAUCCAGGGUUGGCUGUGCUGGGACUUUGCAUUAAGAGUACACAAAAGCUGAAGAGAGCAUGAGCAGCUAGAUGGGGCAUUUUUCCUUGCUACUUUUCCCAAUUUUUGUACCUUUUUUUUUUAAUACUAAUGUAAUACUUUCCUUAGAAGCAAAUGAGCGUUUAUACUCCAAAGAGAGCUAUUAAAGAAAUAUUUGUAACAUGGUAAACUGUAGCAGACUUCCUAAGAAACAUAGUCCGGAAGAUGUCCCAAGCCUGUUAGCAUUUUUUCUUUUCUGAAUCUUUUGACAUGACUUUAUUAAUUCCUUUUCUUUUUUUUUUUCCUUUUUAAUUUUCAGUGCAGACGUUGUGCUCAUGCAUAUCCUGCCAAAAUGAAACUUUCCAGCAGGAGAGUCUUGUGCACCUUCUCUCUUUUAGAGCACCUGGACUCACUGUUUUUAAAGACAGAAAUACCACAUUAUAAGGACUUGGGACUGUCAUAGCAGCGUGUAAAUUCCUAACGUAUGAAACCCCUACCUACCUGUCCCAUGUCAGCUCCAGCUCUCUUUCCCUUUUGCAGCUGCCUGGACCUUCUCCAGAACCCUAACAGUGGUUAAUAAUACUGUGGCCCCACACAGGUUAUAUAUAUGUGUGUCUAUAUAGGGGUUGCAGGUAAUAUACCCUCUCUAUUACCACCUCAGCUAUCCAGUGUAAUAAUUUCUAAAACAGUUAAUUUUCUUGUCCGUGCAGCACUUGACAGGUUUGGCAAUAAAAAACCCUAACAAUUUGUUGAUAGUGUUUUCUUAUUUUUAUUGAUACUGUUCUGUUCACUCUUGCUGGUAAUAGUGGCUCUUCAUAGUGAGCAGUGAUUGACAGAGGGGGCAGACGAGAGGACUCCUUGCUUCAUGUUUAAUUCCCCAACUGAAAAAUGUCUGGAAAUAGGAUUUAUGUACUUGGCAAAGAAUAUCUAUGGUUUUCAAUCUUAGUUAUCCUGGAUCAAAGAAACUGGUCUGUGCUCUGGCCCGUUGUUCUGUUGAGGUAUUGUUGGCUAUUGUUGUAUAAAGUUAACCAAAAUAGGCUGUGGCUUGGGCUAAUUUGUAGCCACUUUUCUCAUAAAUACAGUAGCUGAGACUCAGCAAUCCCUGUUCUUCCACCAGCCAGUCAUUGGGGUUUUGUCCAGGUUGUAGUGAAGUCUUUGGAGUGAGUCACUUGAGGAUUAUGUUAACCUGGCCAAGGAAAUAGGCACUGCGGGAGGGAAACUGAACCUACUCCCAAAAGAAUUAAUAGCAUUAAGCUUGAGUAGCAAUGAUGUUAAGUACCUUAAGGUAUUCUGUAUCUUAGGGCAGCAGUAUUUUCACCUAAUUUCCCAGUUCAGGUGAUCUCACCCAGGAUAAGGAUGCAGAUGAGUACUCCCGCCACAUGUAAUUUCAAGUUCCAGUUGUUGCCCUCAAUAACUAACAAUAUUAUCUGCCUGUUGCAACUUCACCAUAGCAUUUAUUUCAAAUCUGAUGGAAUUAUUUAGGACAGUCUGAAGAGAUUUUUCAGAACCCAUCAGCUGUUUGUUGGAACUUUGCAAAUAAAAUGGGAUGGUUUCUUUCUGUUUAAUCAGGCCAGGGCUCCUUUGCCAUUGUAGCUUCUUGCCAAUGCUGACUUGGGCUUGGGGAUAAGAAGGGGCAAUCAGGAGUUCUAAAAACAAGUGUGUUAUGUUUCCUGGCUGGCACGGAGUACGCACUGUCUUUCCAUCUACCGUAGCCAUCUAAAUGCCUGUAUCCUCUUGAUCUUUGAAUAGAUGUUUAUAUAGGACAUUGACAUAAAGUACAAUGGACUUUGCCGCUGGAACUGAAGGUCAUAUGCACAUGUGCAUUUCAUUUUAAAUGCUGAAAAUUUCAAAUUACUUCUUAAGAAAAUGUUGUAGGAAGCUAACAGGAAAAGACAGCUGCAUGUGGAGUGUUGUACUGCUGCAAAUCAAAAGCAUAGUCUUUUUAAAAUUGCUCGUUGUAACUUUUCUUCUUUCCCAUACAGUCACUUUCUGUUCUUACAUUCUUUGGCUGUGGAUUGCUGCUUCAGUAGUUUAUGAGCAUCCAAAAAUUUAGGCUUUUGUGUAACUUCAGCUUGCUUUUUGGCACCAGGACAUUUGAUUUUUGCAAGAUUUCAGCAGAAUGAUUCAUUGUUUGAUUUGUUAGUGAAAUACUACUAUGCACUGCAUAAAUAACAAAGGAGAGACAUUAGUCUGGUUUCCUUCACACAGAGGAGGUCAGUAGUGUUUUCCUCAAUUUCCCUUUUGGUCUAAUGUGUGCACCCUCCACAGAACUUGCAGUGGAUGCCUCCUGCAAGGCAGUGCUGCAGGAGCUGCUGCACUGGAAAUGCAAGCUGGCAUCUCAUUUCUGGAAUGAUUUUACAAUCUAAAUCAAACCCAGUAUGGGCCAAAACUGCGUGAAGAAACGCUGCUUGGAUUGAUUCCACAUCGUGGCAGUAGGCUGUGAAGAAAGGCCAGGGCCAUGGAGGUUCCAGGCCUGGCCCACUCCACAGAGUGCCUUUGAACUCCAGUUUUCGACAGCUAGUAAAUUGGUGCCCUUUCCCCCUGCAUGUUUCUCUCCCCAUGAAUAUCUCCUUCCCACCCCAGUGCUCGGUGCCUCCCUGGAAGGGACUGAUGCAGAUGGACACGCACAUUAAUUUCUCUUCUUUCAGACUGAUGUAAGAGGCAAGGAACUCUAUAAUGAUUUUGCUGCAGGUUUUGCUUUGUCUGUAAGUGUCUUUAUUUUCAUUUCAUGCUUCCAAGCCUGACUUUUAUACAGUAAUGCUGUAGGUGUUCCCACUUCCUCAGGAACCUGUGACUCAGGCAGCACAGAAAUGAGAUGACAUCACCAGGAGUUUGAAUUGCCUGUUUCCUAAACAGAGGCUGUUGGCUUUUCUUUUAAUACUUGCAGCUUUGUUUUUUCAUGAGGGGGAAAGGGCUGAGGGUGUUUAAUGACCUAAGGAAGCCUGGCCAUUGUGAGUAACCACACUGCAUGCGUUUUAUCCCUUCAGAUCACUGAAAUCACCGGUACUGAUGUUUACUUAAAGCAGGAGAUCCACAUUUCUACACAAGCUAUUUAUGAAUGAAAGAAUUGUAAUUAGGCUUUCGUAGAGGUUCAGUUGUUAUAAAGCAUUCUUAAUUCACUCCUGGUCUGGAGGAAGGGGGUGGGACAGCACGGGGGAAGGAAAAGGUCUGAGCAUAAUUUUCCAUUAUUAUUUUGGAAGUAAUACAAAGAAAAGAAAUGUGUCUUCCUGCUACUUGGCAGUUUUAAUGGAUCUCCCUCACUGCUCUCAAUAGUGUGUAUUUGCACCACAGCAGGUUCUUGGUAGAUUUCAGUGUUUCCUUUCCUGCAAGUGAUACUUUUCAAUGAUAACGCUGUAUAAAUACAGGGGCGAAAGAGGAGGAGCCGGACUGAAGUUGGCUUCUCUGCAGUGCCUCCAAAGGCAGCAGGGGCAGGGGUUGGGGCAGGGAGGCAUGGGAGGGGGGCAAGCAGUGGCUGCAGCUGCCUUUUGUCCAUGGACAACCCCCAGUGACAUCACUUCAGGAGCUGGCUGUUAAACUGCUGCUAAAAAUCACCUCGGGAAUUCUUGUCAUCAGUGGAAUGUGACAAGUUGGGUGUCUGUCCAGGUCAUUUAUUCAUAGUGUUCACAGGCAGGCUAUCAAAGUAUUACACUGAUGUAUUAUUGUCAUGAGCAGAGGAGUGCUGCCCUUAUGUGCAGUUUUGGAUCUAUAGAAAUUAGUGUAGCAGAGACUUUAGGUAUGUUCUUUGGGUGUGCUUGGAUUGUAGGGUUCUCACUCAGCAGGCAGUGCCAUUGGGGUUCUGCUUGAAAGGAAAACCUCAAAGUCCAUGUAUUCAGGGAGGGUGGUAUCAGUAAUGGUCUGUCUUCCAGCUAAGUCAACCCCUGUCAAACUUUGGCGCUAUUAAGAACCAUGUAAUGCAAGUUAGUUUUCAGGUGGCACAGUAAACCGAAGUCCUAAAAAAGGUUCUAUAUCUCUUUUUGUUUUCUUUCUAAAAUGUUUUCUUCUCUCUUUCUUCUUUUUUUUUUUUUUUUUUUUUUUUAAUAUUUAUUUCAUCCUACCUUUUGAAAGUUGCUGUUCAGCUUCCUUUGGAUCCUUCCUUUUCUACAUUACCUUUGUGCAGGGGUCGUACAUGCUUCUGUUGGAAUAACUCUUACUCAAACUCUUACAGUAGCAUUUAGAGCCAUAGGUGUGUGUUGUUACUGGUACUGAGUUGGGAAUGCUUUGAGGCAGUUAUUGGGUCACACAUCUAAAGACAAUUUUCCACUAAUUUCUACCAUUAAAAGUUUACUCUUGUAUGUCUGUUGCAUACAGUUAGGAAUGAGUGAGCUAUACCUGAUCUGCCGCUGAGCCCUGCAGGGCAGCAGCUGAUGUGCAGUACAUAGCUAAAUCGUUCUCACCCACUGCCUGAAACUCUAUGUCACUGGUGCUCUCAGCAAUCCUGGGUAAGGCGCUUCCUUUACUUGCUAACUGCAUUUCAUUGGAGUUCACUAGUGCUGAGCACUACAAACUUGAAAUAGGCUUGUUUGUAACCGCACUCCGGUUUGCCAGGGAGGAACAGGGAGCAAGUCAACUGGUGUGUGUGCAGUGUUCCCGUUGCUGGAGAUACUCUGGUUUCAUUUCCAGCAGUUAUAGUAUCUGUUACUUAAUUUAGCUGCCUGUUGUUAGUAUUUGGAAAUGUCAUUAAGAGAUUCUGGUAGAUAACAUCAAGAUAUCUAAUGCUUAAAAAUCAGCUAGGAACAGCGAAUAACAACAUACCUGUUGAUCUGAGAUACUGGAAAAGAAUGUGAUUUAAAUGUCACUUGAGUGUCAGGAGGGGGGCUGACAUUAAUGCCACAAGGACAUGCAGCAGAACAUUGUUUCAGAGUAUGACCAGACUACUUUUUUUGAAGUGAUUUUGUUGCUAUAGUAGUCAGUGGUUGUGGCUUCAGAAAUUUUCUAAGCUAAAAUGUUAUGGUCCAGCUUUCACAGUUUGGAGACUAAUGUAAUUCAUUCUUAUUAAUUCUGAAACACUGCUUAUUUAAAGCAGCUUUGUCCUCUACGUAGUACUCAUAGACAUGGGAAGAUGGAUUCAGGCAGAACACAUGGGCUGUACCACAGAGGUCCAAUGAAGCCAAAGAAAGUCACAUCAUCUCCACCUCCCAUCCGCUGUCUGAGCAUGGUUUGGUGGAGUCUUUUUUGCUGAGUAAGUACAGCAAGACCAACUUGGUUGAGUCAGCUAGGCAUUGACACAGGACACGUAUAGGGAUCAUACAGGUGUAUCUCAUCUCUAGCAUUGUCUUUUAAUACCUUUUAAUUUAAUCAGCUUGGACAGAAGUGAAAUUUCAUUUGCCUUGAUUUUUGGAUGCCCAACUUUGGCUGCUCUAAACCAGACUUUGAUAAUGUCUUAAACUGGGGUUUGGAAUUCUAAAAGAAAUAAAGACAAUCUUAUCUUAAGCAUGUAUUUUAAAAACUUUAUGUGUGUAAAAGAGGAUUAAAUAAAUGUGUUAACUUUUAAAUGCUUGCUGUUUCAGUUCUGCUCUUUCUUGCAUGGAUGUGCUGGACAAUGUGCUUACCAGGAUAAAAGAGCUUUGUUAUUUGGAAAAGAAACAGAGAAAAGGAAAAAGUUAGUGGAGUGCACUUCUUAAAAUGAGUUUCUGGGUUUGAGGCUUGUGUUGUUUGUUACCAGUCUGACUGGGAGAUACUUCACUGUUUGUUUCACAGCACGUGCAUGCUGCUGCCAAAGGGGCUCGGGUCCACACUCAGCUUGGGUUGUUAGCACCGUUGGAAAUCAGAGUAGCAAUAUAGCAAUCCAGUCUGAGAGUGGCUGGAGAUAUCAGUUGUGUUCUCCAAGGCCUGCGCUGCCAUUUCAUGUUUCUGUCCCCUAGAACUAAAGGUUUGGAUUCAUUUGCAAGAGGAAGGUGUGCAUUGAGUUCAGUAUUGGAACAGAAGAAUGAAGAAGCAAGAAGCGGAUGGGAGAGGUAUGAAGGGGCAGAAGAAAAGCAGAAGUGCCAGAAGCAGUGGAACCUGGAAGAGAGCCAGGACAGCUAUCAAGAGAUUGGCUUCCUAUUGGAGGCUUUAGGAGCAGUGGAUCAAGGGUGCCCCAGUUUGGGAGCUUUCCCAUCAGAGGUAUUGUCACUGUCUUGGAAUAGCUUACAUUCCUCCUAAGAGCUUCAGUUCAUUUCCUUGCCUGUUGACAGCUCUUGGCCUUUUCACUGGUCAGGGCCUGCCCUGAUCUAUGGGAAGUUCUCCUGAGGUUUAGCAUCAAUUUUCUUCUGUGUUGGGGCUUCCUCUUGGGUUGCUCAAGCUAUAAGGUUUCAGAGCAUCACAGGGAGUAGAGGUUAGCCAGCCAGUUUUCCACUGCUCCCUUUCUCUACUGCAGAAAUCAAGUGCUACUUCUCUUUUGUCACCCAACUUUUCUACUGCUUUCAGGAAGGAGAGGAACAUUCUUAAUGUGCACCUACAGAGGAUUAGACAAAUAUGCUUGCUUAAGCAGACCUAAACACCGUCCUGUGUGGAAGUUCUUGAAAUGUUUUGGUUUGAGGUUGUAGUGUAGCUGAUUCCCACAUCAGGGCUGCAAAGCUCAGCAAUGGGGGCUUCCUGAGGAGAGACUCUUUACUGUUCUUCAGUCUGACUAGUUGGGUAGAUUACAGCUUUCUCAACUCUCAAAAUGUUGUUGCUCGUCUCCCAACACUGGGGAUUUUGUUUUGUGUUCCUUCAAUUCCUAAGAAUCUGUUUUCUUUUUUCUUUAAUUUAAAAACGAGCACAUCUGUUUUGUGGCUGUGUAGAAAGACUUGGAAAUGUGAAACUGAAUGGCUCAAGAACAGAAUUAUUUCCAAAUGUAAUUAUUUAUAAUAACCUGAGUUUAAUUUGGCUUCUGAAAAAUUCAAGUGAAAUAUUCUCUCAUGAUUUCAGGGAGUUCUGUGAAUACAGAACAGGGUUGUGGUGAGGUACUAGUGCUACUGCCUUACCACCUUACCAUUGUUCACCUCAGUUAUAGGCAAAAUACCUGCAUGGCAAGAAAGCUUCCUUGUCACUGAAGCACUUUGAUUCCUGUUCUGUUUUUUAUGCCUUGGUAUCAGUGGAGGACAAACAGCCAGCAAAUCAGUUGAGAUUUGUGCAAGUAAUACAAAAGCAAUGGUCUGUAUCCUUUCUUUAGUAUUAUAAAGGCAGAAAAACCAGUUUUGAAUGGAUAUGGAGUAGUAGCAAGAGCACAUAGUUGGCAGCUAUGAUGCUUUAUUCCUCAGUAUAUCAGCGUUAGAUGUUACAUUCUGGGCAGCUAAUCAAAUUGGAUGCACUCACAGUUUUCUGUUGAGCUCUGGAGAUCUGCAUUCUGAGUAUAGAUUUCAUUGCUAUUAAUAGCUCAAGGGAAGGACUUAUUCUAUACUUUAGAAAAAGUCAGUUCAAGAAAGCUCUGCACAGUUGCAGCUUUUGGAGCCUCAGGCAAAUGUCAUUUUUGCAGUCUCUGGCAAGUUACUGUGGUUUUAUGGCAGCCCCAAGGCACCUUGUGCCUGGUUACUGCAGCUCCAGCAGCCACAGGGGUGGUGUGAAGAGGCUCUGGUGCUGCAUCUGAGCUCAGUACGUCUGGUGAGGGUGGAGGGAAGGGUCCAGCAGCAGAUCCAAAGAGAGGAGGGCAGUGGAUUGAUGUGUGAGCUGGAUGAGCUGUGCUGGUAGAAUUAACACUUCCCUUAGGGGAAGAUGCAUCCGGGAGGAUAUCACAGAAGGACAGAGUGGAGGGAAGAUGGGAUCUGUCAGGGGACAACUAUUAAAAGGAACAAACUUUUCAUAUAAACAGGAGAAUAUUUCCUCCUGCCUUCAUUAGCUUCUCUUUCUUUAAUGAUGUAUUAUGAGUGGGUCUGGUGUUGACUUUAAUCCUCAGCCUUUGCUCAGGCCUUUUUCACAUUUCCUGUGAGAACUGGUAGGACCGAACUGCAUCCAGAGUUCAGCUGUAGCAAGGCAGAGCAGGAGGAGAAUCCCACACUCCUCUCUAUUGCAUUUCCAAACAGAAAUUGUUUAUUUGUUGGAUUAAUCACUAAAGUGUCAGCAUUUGAUUUAGUACUGCUGAUCUUGCAUCAUCCUGAAAGGUCACAGCUUGACUCACAUUACAGGCCCCAUUUGUAAGCCUGGCAAUAACAAAAGCAUUUUUUUUUGUUGUGAGGAAAUCUGCUCUUGCCAUGAAAAUCUUUAAAACAAGAGCCCUGGGAUCCCACCAUGUUCUAUGGGUGCUGCUUUACAGGACUUAUAUUUUAGUUCAUUUCCCCACCUGAAAACUCAGCAGUUUGAGCUAAUGCCAUUCCACUGUGUAGGCUGGGGAAGCUGAAGGCUAAGUUAGCAAAUGCAUGAAAUGACCAAGGAGUGGUUCAAAACACCUUUCGCUAGAGGCUGCUCCAAGCCCCUGUGUCCAACCUGGCCUUGAACACUGCCAGGGAUGGGGCAGCCACAGCUUCUCUGGGCACCCUGUGCCAGCGCCUCAGCACCCUCACGGGGAAGAACGAUCAUCAUCAGUUCGGUAUCUGUUCCCCUUAAUUUUUCCCAGCACUUCCAUUGGCAGGGAUCAGGUUGUGGCAGGAGCUUCUCCCCUGGGGUCGUUUCUUGCCUGUUGGAAUCAGUUUUCUUGUCUGUCCCUGUUUCUAUAAUCCCUUUUGAGAGCAGGUUGUUGGUGCUGUGAAGAGGUCGGGGUGAAGCGCGUGUUCCGCAGGGUGGGAGCUGUGGCGGGAGGCCAGUGAUGUCCAUGGCUGCUGCUGCUGCACAUCAGGAGUGUCAGAGGUGAGACCUCAGCUCUCUGCUCGUCUGUUCCUUUGGCUUUGUUUUCACAAUAGUGGUGUUUGUGUCAGUGUGUAAAACAGACCAAGAGGCUGUAGCAGCCACACAGUGUCAGUAACUAUAAAUGCCGUGAGAGAAUGUUUGAUGAAUAAAAGUAACAUCAAGUUACAUACAGGUAUUUAUUUAUAAAUAGUAAAGGUAAAGGAAAGGGGCUUGGCUGCUGCUGUGAACCACACAGCAAAUGCUGCUUACCUGUGGUAUGGCUUGAAAACAUGCCUUUUCUUCUGAAGAAGUGAAGUCUGAGGCUUUUUGUAGCCUUCGCAGAAGCCCAAGAACUUGUCACUUAGAAGGAAAAAGAAAAGGAAAAAGGAAAAGGGAAGGCGAGGCCCUUGCUUUCGUCUCUUCAGUAUCACUAGUUCUUUCCAUUGUUGUCAUCCCCACUUCCCCCUGCAAAAAACCAAACCAACCAACCCAACAUUUCUGGGUGAAGGGCUGGGUUUAGGCUGAGAACUGAGUAAACAGUUUUUAGAUAAGCAGCUUUUUGACUAUUAAAUGUAGCAGGCAUGGGCGGACACAGCUCCAUGUUGACAGAUGCCUUUGUGUCUGUCUUUGUGAUGGAGAGAAGACAGAUGUUCUCCUUGGCAUGGAAGAAAGCUGCUGCUCAGCAGAAUGAAAUGUAAAAUCAGAGUGAAGAGUGCAGCAGUGAGCAGUGACUGGCCAGCCCGCGAGCUGAGACAGCCUGAUGUGAAAGUGAUGAGGUGGGUUCUUACUGGGAGUCAGCAACUGCUUUGUCAUUAUUUAGAAGCUAUAGAGAAAGGAAUUCUGUUUUUUCCAACUCUGUUAAAAUCUGAUGCAUGUCACUGAGUAUCCAUUAGGACUAAUCCCAGGCCAACGGAUAGAAAUGCUUAAACGAUACAGCAAUUGACAGCUAUAGAACCGCCUAUAGCACAUGGUGGUCUGAUGGAUUGGGUUCCUGUGGCGAUUGGGUCACAAAGGAAAACAUUAGAAUUUCCUAUUUAAUGUUCCUUGUGGAUUCUGUUGUCAGGUGAGUUUGGAGGCUGCCCCCAGCAUGAUGCAGUCCACUUCUAGCACCAGAGGAAGGAGCCACAUAGGAGGAGCUCAUCCUGGGAAGAGCCUGGCAUUCUGCGGUCCCUCUCUGUCUCUCUCAAGGGCAUGUACGUUGCUCCUGUUGAAGGGGGUGCAGCUGAGGAGCUGCUGCUCUUGUUUUGCUGUGAGACGAGUGUUGUCACACAGGAGCCGUGCAUGGAGACCGGAGCGAGCCUCAGUGGAGCAUCCGGUUCUCACCAUGGACCCAGCCCUGCUGGUGCAGCGAGAGCACCUGUGUCAGUCCGUGUUUGCUGGUGUGGAAGCUCCGAGGAGAGGGAAGACCCUGUGGGUGAGGUAGAGCAAUGCCGAGUGUGUCAGCAAACAGCGGCCUGCAGGGGGGUCCCACGGGCAUGGUGCAGAGGGCUGGGGCUCUGCUCUCAGCACAGCACGUGCCUUCCCCUCUGCGUGGUUCUCUGUGAGCGCUCGGAUUUGACAGGCAGAAUUGGGCAGGAAAAUUUGACGCUUUCCUGCAAUUAAAAUUCAAACCCGAUGCCAACCUCACCCGUUGGUCCAGAGUGAACGUGGGCACACGCUGAGGACGUGCAUCACCCGAUCAGAACUGGUUUAGGGAAGACUGAAGGCUUAGGAAUUUUGACUGUAGUUCUGGAUGAGAAGCUGCAUUGCUGCACAGGCGCUUCCCCGCAGCAGCAGGGUGCUCCUCCUGCCAACCAGCUGCAUGUCCAGGACCAGAUUUGUCCUUGGAGUUCUAAUUAAAAAUAACAGUUUAUUGUCUUGCACUUUAACCACUGACUUUACAAUGGCUGUUUGACACUGGACUCGGUCUCCUUCUGCAGCUUGCUUUCAGCCUGGGCCGAGGGUGUUCUUAAGAUAUAUGAGCUUGCUGUAAACUAUUAAAUGCCUCAGGGAAAAUUUGAAAUUAGAGAAUUGGAGAAAGAAGUGGUGCCUGUGGCUUUAGAUCACAGAUGGAGAUGAUCACACACUCUCCCCUUACCUUCUCCACAGAAACGACUGGUGAGCAGCAGUGUCUCCUCGGGACAGUGGUUGGGCAGGAUUAGGUUUGAACUUUGCUACAGUCACAAAGGUUUGAAGACUGAAGGCUGAGCACCAGUGGGAAGGCCACUGCGUGGUUUCACUCCUGGCUUUGCCAUCCAUCAGAGGAAUAAAGUGUGCUUCACCACUGUCUGCUGGGGGAAGAGCUGGAGACACCGUCUUAAUGUACUUGGAGCUGUAUCCAUGCCAGAGGAAGGGGAAGCUCCUGUGUCAGGAGGAUGCAGACUGGUUUCUCAUUUCACUCUUCCUCAAGAAGGAUCUAAAGAUAGUGGUGAAUAGGCCCUGCAACAGGGACAAGUGUGCCAGCGCCGUUCAUGUUCACAGCUAAAGCAGCUGGAAAUACAUAGAAACUGUAUCCAGGAGGGGUCACUCACUGAACAAUGCAGAAAGAUGCAAACUCCAUCCCCGGCAUAUUUGGGAUGUCAGGUCUGGUUUCUAGAAUUAAACUUCUGCUUUCAAUGAAAUUAACACAAAUAAUGUGUGUUUGUGUGUGUGUGUGUGUGUGUGUAGGGGUGAGGUUAUGGACAAACAGUGGGAAGUUACCUUUUGUUUAGGUCACAGGAGAAGAUAAGCCAUGACAAGUAGUGUAGGACUUACUUACUAAUCAUGUGAAGCGUGUGUGUGUAGGGUCCAGUUUCUCUAGGCCAUGGUGCCACCCUUUGUGUAACAUUACUGCUAAUGAGAAAAAUUACAUGGUAGGAAAAUUGUGUGGUCUGUAUUUUAACCUUUAUCAUGUAGAAAACAGAGCGGUAAGUUACUGACCUGAAAGGUAGCAAUGCUGCUUGUCCCCAAAAUGUUGGUGCAGGGGUGUUUUUUUUUCCUAACAGGAAGCCAGCUCCCAUCAGGAAGCAGACUGGGAGGCUCUGUGUCGCCGGCCUCCCUCCCAAGGGCUCUUAAAGUGUGUAUUUAGCUGCUUUCCAUGGACAUGGGGAGAGGGCUGUGUCUCAGAUGUGUUAAACUCAUCAUGCUGGAUGUGUCCUAAUGGGACCUCCUAAACCCAGCCACUGACUGGAACAGUGUCACCUGUUCAGUGACACUGAAACCUGUUACCCCCACCUGGCUUUUCAAGCCAUUCUUCAGGUGCUUCCAAUACAACACUAACUUCGUGUGUCCUUGUUUUUAGGGUCUCCUUGUCUAAUUCCGGAGAUGACUCUACUACAUUCAGUGUGAAAUUCCUCUGAAGGCUUGUGCCUGGUUCACCAAACUUCCUCAAAAUCAGCCAAGAUACGUCACGGUAGCAGUUUCUGCAGCUGGUUCAAGGUGGAUUACACAGACUUGGGUUUAGGAAGCAAAUCCCUGGUAAGCAGACAGGAACAAUGACUCGGUCAUGCGCAAAGCUGUAGCAUCCUGUACCACGCACCAUCUAUCUCUGACUGCGUCGUCCGAGGCCUGGCCUGAGGCUGUCCUCUUUGCUGGCUGCUACUAAAGUGAAUAUCAAAUACAAAUAUCAUAGAGUACAACUGUACCAGCAGUAAGUAUAUCUAGGAUUGUUACUGACAAAAAUAAACUAAUUCUGAAGAAAA